AUGGCCAAGAGACAGGAUAUGGUAGACUUCCCGAGAUUUAUGGACAUGAUACAGCAGCUGCUGAUCAGCACCAAGGGAGGCUCCAAGAGACACUCUGUUGAAAAUAAAAAAACAUUUACUUUCUACAGAGUGUCUAAUGGAGCUUCCUUUGGUGUUGAUCAGCAGCUGCUGGAUCGACUCAAUAGAUCUCCUUAUUUCCACCUAAAAGAAGCAGAUCUGAAUGACUGUCAAAUUAUUUUUGUGUUCUGUAUCAUCAACACUCGCAUAGAGUCAGAUGUGGAGGCUGCCAUUGAAAAAAUCCCAGAGUCAGCUGGUGAUAAACCUGUGAUUCUUGUUGUGAUGCACCACAACAGAGACAUCAACUUUGAAACCACAAAGAAGGAAUGGGAGAAAAAAUAUGAACGAGUUCAGCUUGAUGUGGAAGUUCUCUUCCACAGGAGUGAAGGCGGCUUACUCAGAUGUGAGAAGAACAACCAAGCUGUUGAAGAAAUAAGAAAAAAAGUAGAGGGAAAAUGGAGGGAGGAAGGUGAGGGACUGAGGGGGGAAUAA